AUGGCAACUAGAUUGGCUGCAUGUGAGCCUUGCAGAAGGUCAAAGCUUGCAUGCGACCACCAACAGCCGGUCUGCAAUCGGUGCAGGGAUGGCAACCGACCGGGUCUUUGCAUCUAUAGAAGUGCGCCCUUCAAAAGAAGAAAGACCAGCAAUACAGUGACAGAUAAUGGAUCUUCCCAUCACUCUCCCGACCCGUCGCCCACAGCAUCAUCCCCACCUCAUGCAGGGGGAAAUAGAUAUCCCAACCCAGGAUAUCUCGGGUCAUCAAGCCAUGUUGCUAUCUUUAAACAUAUCACUUCAUCAGAUAGUCAGAGUGCUACAUCACAUCAGAGUCCUAGCACCGCUUCUUGGACAGCAUCACUUUUCCCGCCUGACGAUGAUCUUGUCGUUCAGCGAUGUGCAGAUGCCCUCAAAAUGCUCCUGACGAGGUUUUCCUUGCCUGCUAUGAAAGAGCUAGUCAAGCUGUGGCAGGCAAGGGGUACCAAUCUCGCUAUUAUGGGGGCUAUGGUUGAUCAAUGUGUUGAUAACAUUCCCCUCCCACCCUCAUCGACAAACGAAGACUGGCAUCUGCUAUAUGCAAAAUCCCUUCUCAACAACUCUUCCCAGCCGCUUAGAUACUCACAACGCUCUACCUUUCCAGAGUUCUGUGCUCAAUUCAUUAACCAGAAUAUGCGAUGGGAAACGCUCGCAAUCUUUUUGUCAGCUGUUGUCCGAGCCACUAUGGAUAUCCAGUUUUUCCCGUCGCUGUAUACGACCGAGGAGAAGAAGUAUAGCCUCCGAAAGCUAUGCACGAGAUUAGCGGACUAUGCACUGGAAAUCACCAUAUCUCUUGACUGUCUGAAUGAUCUUCAAGUCUGCUUGCAGUACGAAAAUUUUAUAGUGCAUUCUCAUGUAGACGGGGACCAUAGCUACUAUUCGUGGCGAAAGCUCGGAGAUGUUAUAUCCUCGAUAUAUGCUCUCGGCUACCAUGAGAAUCUCGAUGAGAAGCCCGAUACACCUCGCUUCUUGACGGAGCUACGCAAAGCUGUCUUUGCCCGCGUGUAUUCGGCGGACAAAAACGUUGCCAUCUUCGUCGGUCGUCCACCCCGCAUGAACAGACAAUUCUGUCAUUUCCAGAUCCCAUCAAGUCCGCUUCCCGAUGACGUCUGGUUUAUCUCCUCUGAUAAGCCCGAUAAUGAGAUCGACGAUCCCUUUAGCUGGAACCCGUCGACUAAAGCGAGUUAUAUGGCUGAAACUCGGUGGACUGCAUUGUGUGCCGGGGUCAAAGAGGAUAUACUUAAUUUGCAAAGAAGUCGGCCAAGUGACAUGGAGCUUUUCUAUCAACGGGUUUCUGACAUAAAAGCACAGGCUGAAAAGAACUACUCUUCACUGCCUCGACAGUUUCAGUUCCGCAACAAUCUCAGGGAUAGUACACUGAGCACCUUCGAACGCGACUUCAUCGGCUCAGUGCAAUUGAAUCACUUACACACGCUCUUCCUGCUGAAUCUCCUCCUGCUCAGUACUCCUACUGAACCCGAUCCCACCCUCGUGGACAUCGCCGAACAGAUCCUCUCGGUAACAGUGGACAUGGUCCUCCUGCGUGAUCAACUUACAAACUCAGGGACAUGUCUCUUGUGGAAGGUCGCCUAUCAUUGUCUCCCCGCUGCUGGCAUCCUCCUCCUCGCCCUGCUCAAUGAGCGAGCCACUCCCAGCAUGCCACGUAUAACACAACCCAGAACGCUUCAGCACUUGACAAUCCUCGCUGCGGAGAUCCAAGCCGGAUCGAUCAUUCGGCCCCAAGAACCCAAUUAUGAGCUAAUGUCCAAGGCCAUGCAAACAAUCCAGAGCUUCCUUGAUUCAGUCACUUCUGAACCCAUGCGCGCUGUGCCAGCCAUGACACCCCGCAGCCCGAAUCUUAUCGAAUGGUCCAGCUUUCCUUACCAGCAAUCGUUAGAUUUUGAGAUUGGGUUCUGGGAGAGUCUUGCCGACCAUCCCCUGCUAAGUUUCCAGUCUGGGCUUAUGGCGCCCGAAUAGAAAUUUCUUUUCAUACAAG